GUCACAUAAGAAAUUGGUUGAAAAGUAUGGCAUACAGUGGCAACCAUUUUUUCUAAGGUUGCUAUUCCAAUAUAAUUUACCUGCUUUGCUCUUCCACAUACAAAAUAUCGGUAUACAGCUUGUAUAGUAGUGUAAAAAACACACAUACAUAAAAAAACAACUGAAAUAUCUCAACGAGUUAUAUCGUAAUUGAGUGUAACAUCUGAACAUGUUCAUAUUAAACAUGUCCGUGACAUUUCUGUGUUGUAUGAAUUCAUAUGGAAAAUAUUUUAUAACGAAGUAAUUUUCUUAUAAAUAAGUGUCAAACUUAUUAACAAAAUUGUUAAUUAUCUUCGAAGAUAUAUAUAUUCGAUAUUUAGAUUUUCUUUAAAUUCGUACAUUGGUAUCAUUCGUUAAAUUAUAUGACUCUGAAUCACUAAGUUGUGUGUAAUUUUCUGCUAUGCAUGAUUUUAUGUGACGCUUUAAGUGAUACUCUGCAAUGUAUUACAAUUAAAUAGUAAUUAAGAUUACUCGUUGGUACAAUAGUACAAUUAUAAUAAAAAACAAUGGCUGGUACCUUUGAUCAAUAUGAUAAAUCCAGUUGGUACUUUGGCGCUAUGUCACGCCAAGAUGCUUCUGAUUUAUUAAUGGGAGAAAAAGAAGGUGGUGUUUUUUUAGUACGUGAUAGUACGUCUAUCCAUGGAGACUUUGUCCUUUGCGUUCGAGAAGAUAGUAAAGUUAGUCAUUACAUAAUUAAUAAAAUACCACAAGGUGAUCAAAUAUGUUAUCGAAUUGGUGAUCAAAUGUUUCCUGAUAUUCCACAUCUUUUGGCAUUUUACAAACUUCAUUACCUUGAUACGACACCGUUGAUUAGACCUGCACCGAAAAAAACUCAAAAAGUAAUUGCAAAAUAUGAUUUUGAGGGUAAUGAUCCAGAUGAUUUGCCAUUUAGAAAAGGAGAAAUUCUUACUGUGAUCUCAAAAGAUGAAGAGCAGUGGUGGACAGCUAGGAACAGUGUAGGUCAAACUGGAUCUGUUCCAGUUCCUUAUGUGCAAAAAUAUGAAGAGGACAGUCAUGCUAGUAUUGAAAAUAAUACACGAUUGGAAACAGGUGGCAAUACUUCUGCAUCUAAUUCUAAUUCAAUUCCUCCUUCUUUAUCACAUGUAUCUCAUCCAGAAACAGGAUCAGGUACUGCUACACGUAGAUCAAAUAUUCAGAGAACGUUACCUGCUUUUGCAAAAGUGAAACAAGCAAGAGUACCAAAUGCAUAUGAUAAAACAGCUUUAAAAUUAGAAGUAGGUGACAUGAUAAAGGUAACAAAAACAAAUAUAAAUGGCCAAUGGGAAGGUGAAUUGCAUGGCAAAGUAGGUCAUUUUCCAUUUACACAUGUAGAAUUUGUAGAUAAUGAAACUGGUGAAGACAAUCAAGAGAUUUAACAGAAAUCUUCCAAAAAUAAUGUACAGCAUGUGUGAUCAAUGAAAAACAUUUUAUCACCUCAAUUUACUAGUAUUGCAGCUAUUUUAUGUACCAAUACAGAGAUUUACACUUCUAUGAUCAUAAAAACAACAUUGAUUUUUUUUAAGUCAAAAACGUGUGUGUGUAUGUGUGUGUGUGUGCGUGCGUGCGUGCGUGUGUGUAUAUUUGCAAGAGAAAAAAAUGGAAUCAGAGAGAAUAAAACACACAUAAAACAAUCUAUCAAUUGAUAAAAAUUAAACUUAUAUAUGCUUCAUAUCUGUGUAAAUGGACAUGCUUUCUAUUAAAUUAAAACUUUCAUCUUUCAAAGUUAGUUUGUAGAAUGUAAGUUCAUUGAAGCACAAAAAGAAAUAUCAUUUAAACUCAAUACAUGAAAAUAAUAUCAUGUAUACAUAGAUAUUUACACAUACAUACAUUUAUAUGUGCUCUUAACAGAUAUUCAAGUAAUAGCCUGAUGCUGGCCUGUAAUAAAUAAAAAAAAUUGUUUAUAUAAGUUAUGGAAAGAGUUUACAGUAAGAUUAUAUCUACUGUUGGGUAAAAAGCAGCUUACAUAUUAAAUUCAUAAUUAAAGUAUAUUAUUGAAUCAUAUUAUAUUGUUUUUUAGACUGGUUUAUAUGAAAUAAAAUGUAUCUAUAUUAUUAAGUUAUAUUUCUCUUAUGCUAAUAUCUAAGUUUUUCCAUGAAUAAUUACAUUUAAUGUAUAGAAGUAUUUUCUAGUCCUUUGAUGACUAUUGUAGAGCUAUUUUGCAGAAAUAUUUUAUUUUAUUAAAUGCUAUCAAUAUGAAUCAUAAUCAAAUAUUUAAACAAAAUUAAUAUACAUAGUAUAAAAUAAACUUUUGACAAAAUCUUUGGAAAUUAAUAUCAGCAUUAUAAGAUUUUUUCUUGUGGUAUUUAAAAAAAUGUUAAAAAGAAAGGAAUUUAUGUAUAGACAAUAUUAUGUAUAAAUAAUAGAAGAUUUUUUAUUAUACACUUUAUGCGCUCAAUUGUUUAAUUGUAAAAGUUUAUUUAGAGGCAUCCAAAAUAUCUUUGUGUUGGUACAUGCAUUGUACACUGCUUACUGUUAGUCGUAGAUCGCGUUCUCAAAAAAUGAUACACUAAUAAAAAAUGUAUUUAAUGAUGGAAACAUGAAUUGCAUUACAUAUUGCAUUAUAUAUAUAUAAAAGAUUAUAUAUAUAUAUAUAAUCUUUUAUAUGUGAAUUUGUGUGGGUCUUUAUGUUAUUACUGUAAUAUUUGCUUUUGAUAUAUCUCGAAACUUAAAAGUUCCUAGUUAUAAAAAAUAUGAUUUAUUUUUAAAGGUCGCAACAAUUUAUACUGUAAAAUAUGCACAACAUAUUAUAUAAAAUUUUUUUUCUUAGAAGCAUUUGAUAUUUCCAUCAUCAUACAAUAAGUGAACAUGUUCUUCCUAAAAACAUUUACAGUAUUAAAAAAUAAAUAAUAUUUCAAAUAUAAUACAUCAACACGCGAAAUUUAUGUGUAGAUCUUGUACACAUAAAAAAAAAAUUCGAUUUGAUGAUAUUGUAUUUAUCGUAUCUCAAAAGAGCAUUUCUAAUAGAAUUCUACUUUUUAUUUUACGUAUCACUAUACUAUAGACUAAAUUUUUAUUUCGAAUUAAAUAAGAUUUUCACCCAUUUUGCUGUAAGUAGAAAAAAAAAAGGAUGCGAAACGAAAUUCCUGUGGUAUUAUUCACACAACUACCGCCUAAAAUGCGGAAAUUACUGUUACCGAGAAAUAUGCGUUUAUAUAUGGUAUGAAUGGGCGUAUGAAUGCGUCAACAUAGACUCUACAGCUGGAUACUGAGGAGCCUCGCUUAAUAUUAAUAUAAUUUCAAAUAAUCUACUAUAACAUAUACUAAUUGUAUAAAUAUAUAUAUAUAUAUAUUUUACAUCAAUUUAGUUUAAUUAAGUAUUAAGAAUUAGUAAAUAAAUCAGGACGCACUGAGCACUUUUUUCAGGCAGCAUCAUGAUCAUAAAAAUAUAAAUGUAUAAAUCGAAAUAAGUAGAAUGUGCCAUUGUGUACAAAUUUUAUUUUUAAUCAUCAUAAUUUUAAUAUAACACGGUGCUUAACGUGUACUUUCGUUUUAAGUUAUUAUAUAUACAUAUAUACAUGUUAACAUUACGUUUUUAAACACCUUUGUGUAUCCAAAAAGUAUGUCUAUAUAUAUAUAUAUAUAUAUAUAUAUAUAUAUAUAUAUAUAUACACAUAUAUAGAUUAUAUAAUUUUACAAUUUGAACGAUUUUUCAUAGAGUUUUUCUGUUUUUUUAAGAUUAUCUCAUAUUGCAUUAUCAAUUACAGUAAGAAAUUUAUGCAAAACUUCAUUUAUAAACGACGAUCUAUAUCUAGUAACCGAUGACCUAGAUAAAACAAUUGAAAUACGAUAAGAUAUAAUGUAUAUUUUUCUAAACGUACACAAACAUAUUUAAUUUUUGUUCAUAAUAAAUUAAUUUUUCAUUAGCAAACGAAUGUACUGAUAGAUUAAUGCUGUAUGAGGUAGGUAAGUAAUAGCGCAAUAACAUAAAAUUUAUAAUGUAUUAUUCCAUCAUUGCAUAUAUCAAUAAAUGACAGUUACAUCAGACAA